GGAAGGCAACAGAGACAGCAGGGAAGUUGACUUUCAAAGUGAUCCGGAGGCAAUAGUUAAUGUAAAAGUGAAAAUCUUUUGAAAACUCGAAAAUGACGACGCAAGGACCAUUUUUUCCUGCGAUUCCAAAAAUCCCGUAUGCGCCAGACGCUGGACCGCAAGAUGUUUUGUGUUUCAGGAACUAUAAUGCUACUGAAGUGCUGCUGGGAAAGAAGAUGGAGGACUGGCUGAGGUUCUCUGUUUGUUACUGGCACUCCUUCUGUGGAACUGGUUCUGAUCCGUUUGGGUUCUCUACCCUGCAGAGGCCUUGGAAUGAGGAUGGAACCCCCAUGGACAUGGCUAAGAAGAGACUACAUGCUGCUUUUGAGUUCUUCACCAAAUUAGGAGUGAAAUACUACACCUUUCAUGACAGGGAUAUGGCUCCUGAAGGAGGGACUCUGGAAGAGUCCAACAGGAAUCUAGAUGAGAUCACCGACAUGGCUCUUCAGCUCCAGAAUGAGACCGGGGUCAAAGUGCUAUGGGUUACCUGCAACCUCUUCGCCCACCCACGGUACAUGAAUGGGGCUGCCACCAACCCAGAUUUCCAUGUGUUGGCCUUUGCUGCAGCCCAGGUUAAGAAAGGUUUGGAGAUCGCCAAGAAGCUGGGAGCAGAGAACUUUGUUUUCUGGGGUGGCAGGGAGGGUUUCCUGUCACUGUUCAACACAGACGUAGCAGCUGAACUGAAGCACAUGGCAAACUUUUUCAAAAUGGCUGUCGCGUACAAAGAGAAGAUCGGCCUUAAGUGCCAGUUUCUUAUCGAACCCAAGCCCAAAGAGCCAUGCAAACAUCAGUAUGAUUAUGACGCCAUGAGCGUCAUAGGGUUUCUCAAGCACUUUGGACUGGACGACCACUUCAAGCUGAACAUCGAGCCCAACCACACCACUCUGGCUGGCCAUUCCUACGAGCACGAUGUUGUCAUGGCCUGAGCGUUUGGCAUGCUGGGCUCUGUGGACUCCAAUACAGGGUCACCUGACCUGGGCUGGGAUACUGACCAGUUCCCCAUGGACAUCCGAAAUGCCACCAUGGUGAUGAAGACUAUUAUUGAACAAGGUGGCCUGCAGCCUGGGGGCCUGAACUUUGAUGCCAAGGUGCGGCGAGAGUCCACAGACCUGGAGGACCUGUUCAUCGCCCACAUCGGAGCCAUGGACGCCUUCGCACGCGGCCUGCGAAACGCUGUCAGGAUCGUCGAGGACGGUGUGCUGAACAAGAUGGUGAAGGAGCGCUACAUGUCCUUCAGUGCUGGACUUGGUAAGAUGCUGGAGGAUGGAAGUACGUCUUUGGAAGAAAUGGAGGAGUUCAUCAAGCAACAUGGGGAUCCAAAAGUUACAUCAGGGAAGCAAGAGAAAUAUGAGUCCAUCUUUAACCACUACUUGUGAAGCAUGAGGGAGAGGUUCAUCUUUAUAUAGAAUGAUUUGCCAAUAACUAGAGUGAGAAUAACCUCUCAUAUUUUGCCUCAUAUUUAGGCUUUGUAGUUCUCAUUAUGCAUUAUUAUCGGACAUCCUCAAGUGAGUUCACUUUUCAGUCAGUUAUAAAAUGAGGACUGUUAUGUAUUUGAUUUCUUUAUAUAUAAUGAGCAAUUACUGGCAUGAGCUUAUUAGUUAAUUGACACCACUAAGUGUUAGAGUAGACUGUUUUUUAUAAAUUGCAUGCAUUCAUUUUUUUCUAAAAUAUUUUAGUUAUGCAACGUACAAUUGUAAACUUAAAGUAAAGAAAAACUGGAGAACACUUGUAGGAAGUUAAUGAGAGUAAUACAUGUUUACAGUUUAAUAUUAGUAAUAUUAAUGUAAAUGUACAAGAUGUAACUGGUGAGAAGUUGCAUUUUACAGUUGGGAGGAGCAAUUAGAAAUGCCUCCAAGAUAAAAUGUCUUUGUAAUAGUUUUGAUGAUGACCAAGUUUAAAUGUUUAACCUUAGUGAAAACUAAUAGUGAAUUUCAGUUUAGGGAUAUUUGUGUUGAUUUAUGGUUGCAUUUCUGAAAUAAACUAUGAAGGUGAUAA